AUGAUCCUGUCACGACCGCUUUCUCAUCACCACCACUGCCAUUUGCUUGCCUGUGCCCCACCACCCCCUCGCUCUCUUCCUGCGCGUCUCGCACCCUCGCUAUGGCUGAAAAGGACCAAGAGAACGGUCACGGGUCCCUUCAGACAGAAUCCAGCGCUGAGGCCCAUCGACGAGGAUCCAGCGCCACUUGGCGAACCAACAGGGGCACCCACCGUGCAGCCAGCACCCUUUGCGACGAGGCCACCUCUGCGUCCCACUCGACCACAGCCGCCGGAACCACAUACUGACACCCAGAUGCGCCAACACUAG